GGGUUGUUCUCUGCACCAUCCCGGAGCCGCUCGGGCAGGGUCGGAGGAUCGAGCGGGAGGCCGGGGCCUCACACGGGUGUGACGCAGGUGUGCGGACGACGGGAUGCCGGGCCACUGCCCGGGACCCGCGGAGCCGUCCGCGUUGGCCGGGACGGAAGGCGGCGACGGAUCAGCUGGUCACCCUUAUCACCAGAGUUCCAAAGGCACUGGGGAGCAGCGCGCCGCAGAUAGAAUCAAAGAGGGACACAGAGUGUACUCACACAUUGCCAAGCUGCAGCAGUUAUGGAAGACUACUCAAAUCCAAACAAUUCACAUUCCUAAGUCAAUGACAGAUGCAUCUUUUCUAAAGAAUUCAGAACUCACCUCAAACCAGAAGCGCUACCUGUGCAACAUUGUGAAGAUCUGUAACUCCAGCUACUUGAGGACCUUAAUAAAGAGACAGUACAUGCAUUUGUUUCAUCAUAGCUCACAAAAGCCAGGUGUCCUCACUCAUCACAGAAGCCAUAUCAGCUCUCACUACUCACAGAACCAGCCUUCCCCCUGCACUACAUGUCGACACCAUCUGGAGAGAGGAGACUCUGUGAGCACUGCAGCUGCAACACCCGAGAUGAUCAUACAUUCCCUUUGGCGACCGCUGAGACACAAAGAAGGGUUAAAAAUUGGAUAUGCAUCUAAAACAAGAUGCAAGUCACUGAAGAUUUGUAGAAGAUCAAGCAUGUUCUUGCUACCAGUUUCUUCAAAUGAUUAUCAACCAUGCACAAAUGAAGAAACAAAGGAAGAGGAUCUACUGAAUAAAUGCAUGCAGUCUAUGUCCAUUCAAGAACAGGGCACAUCUCACAUCAACCUGCCAGUCUAG